AUGACAGUACCAACAAGUUUUACAUCGUCGCAGGAGUUUGUACGCACUUUGAAAGGUGCUUCAGACCCACCACAGCCUGGAGGAUUGCACAAGAUCGAAAUAGCGCGUCAAGCUUGGGACAACACCUCUUUUCAUGUACCGAACAAGGGAGAAGUUAUCGCGGAUUGGAUAGUAACCACGUUUUCGAAGGAAAAAAGUGCGAAUGCCCAUGUCCGGCCACUUGCUGACAUCCGGUUCUGGGCAUUGCUCCAGGAUAUCCUGAUACAUACACCUGCUAGUGAAAGACCUUGGUUGUCUCCGCUCAUGAACCGCACUUCUUUGGCACCCAUUCUCCGCACCUUUUUAAGCCUCUUGUGCGAGCUUGGUUUAUCAACCGGGCGGCCUCUCUGUUAUGCUGUUAAAUCAUGCCUCAGAGUCCUUUGGCCAAUUUCGUCUCAGAGGUUCCCAAUUGAAAUGCUUCUUGAAUGCUUUGACACAUCAAUACAGGUCACGUCGGGAUUUCAGGAAGUUGAGGAAUGUCUAUACCUAUGCGAUUUGAUUACCUCGUCAUAUCGUCAUGCUCUAACUAACUCCUCCAAUAAAAAGAAGAUCUAUGCUGCAUUCAUGCAAGCGCACUUUAGAGGAUGGGUGCAACUUGCUGGCACUCUGACUCGCGGCUCCAUCAAUUCUGCUCAUCAAGCCCUGCUUGCGGAUAUUUAUGCAGCAGGGGUAGAAACCAUAUUUAACCUUGAUGUGUUGCGCCACAUGAAGGAGGCGUCUUGGGACGACGCCUUCGUACAGUCUCUCCGGACGGCGCUCGUCUCCUCACCUGACAAGAUUUUGCCGGUGUUGCCAAUGCUCUUUACAUCGUUCACACAGUCUGUUCGGAGGCAUCGCAGUGCCUUGUUCAGUCAAAGCGACCCAAUACAUUCAGCCGCUACCGCCGUCUACUUGGCUUUUGGCUCAAUGAUGGACCCUCUCACAGAGAGCGAGCUUUUGUGGAAAACUCGAGCCGAGCUUCUUGCCAUUGCCGACAAGGAAGGCUUAGUGACUGUCCCGAAUGAAGGUUUACACUUGUACUUGGUCGGCACAAGGGAUACCGCUAUAGCAGCUCUAAGCUGGAAGGGCGAUGCUCAUGCAUUCUCUCCGCAUGCCCUGGUCUUUCUAGCAUGUCUUGCGCAAGUUGACUAUGAUCUGGUCGAUAAUGCCCUGCAGCCCAUUCUUCCUAGGCUUAUACAUAUACCUCCAAAUUCCCCGUUCGUGUUCAAGCUGUGGGAUUUGGUUGUCGAGCAUCACUCCAAAACACGGACCAUAAGUAGCCUUAUUGCUAACAUCCUCACGGCGACUAAGGACCAAUAUUUGUUCCGCUUGACCGACCCAAUGAUGAAUUACCAACUCUGCUCUACGGGAUCAGUGUUCAGUUCUUUCCAUCUAGAAAGGCUGUCGAAAUCUAUCCGUAUCUUCCUCACGCCUAGCCAGUGCUCAUCUUCUACGUCUGCAUUGAUCAAUUCUCUCAAGCAGAACUGGGCGGACUUCAACGAGGCUGACGCAUCGCUAACGGCAUCCUCUACUGGUGAAGGAAAGCGCAAAAAACGUCGCAAGAGUGCAGCAGGAGGCACUGAUCAUAGCGACGAUGUAGAAAACCGUGCUGUGGCUUUGUCCUUGACAUCCAAACUCAUUGCGUCCUAUGUCUCGGCCUUACCGUUGCGUUCGCUAAUAGAAGAGGAUCGUGCCGCCAUCCUGUCCGAACUUGAAGAAGCUUUCAAGUUUGUUUGUGCGGCAUGUGACGUUCUCAUUCAGGCAUUGCAGUCUACGAAGCGAACCGAUACAUGGGCAGCUCAAAUCGUUCUCAGCUCAGGGCUCCGACUUACAUACAGCAUGAAACGGAUGCAUACUCUGGGGCUGCACCGAGAGGUUAACCUCACCACACAGCUCGAGCGGCUUGUCUCCUUGAUCGACGAUACUGAAACUCUUCCUGAGCUUACAAUUGAGAUAUUCCGUAACUUGCUUGCCGAGAGUGCCACUUCACAUGCUCCUGUCGUGCUUGACAAGUGUCUAGCAUAUAUUGACCAAAAUCUUCGGCCGCAAACCGCGAAAUGGUCCGGAGCAGUAUGCCACCUCGUUGCCCAGCCCAUAGGCGGAGAAGCCGCCUCCGUCGCCUUGUUGAAUGUCCUUCUCGACCGAUGGUUAUACCUCCUGGACGAGAUUGCAUCUGAAGAGCAGGCGAUACGCUUGAUACAAGCUCUCUUCCAUCUUCUUCCUCAUGUUGAAGUCGAUAGACAGGGCUUGCGUGACCUCAACUCAGGACGUAUAUUUAGUACACUAAUGCACUCCGCGAAGUUCUGGGAAUUACAAAACCUCCAAUGUAAUUUUGGCUUACCCUUGAAGCAUUUCUUUUUAUUGACAAUUACUCCAGCUGCAACCCUCACCCUCAAGAUUGAGCCCGGACAGGUUUUGGAUGCAUGCUCAGCCUACACGGUCCUCCUCUACUCGCCCCCUGAAUAUAUAACUCGUUCAAUGCGGAGUAUAGUUUGUCUGAGAGUACCCACGAUUGAUGGGGCUCUCGAGCUCAUGAAGAGAAAGGGAGCUGACGUGGAUGAUCAAUUUACUGUACUCAGAGAGUUUUCUGUGCGGAUAUGCAAGCACACAGGCCUCAUCGAUCCAUCGGUAAGUUGUUGUUAG